AUGUUUGGGCCGUUUAGACUAAGUGCGGUCUUGCAGGCCAGCAAAACCAAGAACAAGCUAAUUGCGGCCGUGAAAAAGGGUGUGGUUAUCCCCGAUACGGAGAAACUAGAGGCCAAACUGAGAAGGAAACUGAGGACCAAGUACUCACAGCCGUUACAAGGCCAUUCUGCCAGAGUGAUGGUGUCGAAUAUGCUCAAGAUCCCGCUGGAAAAAGUUCCAGAAGUGAACUCGAUGACGGCCUUCAGUCCAGAAGAGCUAAAAAGACUGUUUAAGACCAAAGUUCAAAGACUCAAGUACAAUAUAUUGGGCACAAAUGCUGUCCAGCUCAGAGACUCAAAGGUGAUAAACCAGAAAACCGAAAAGUUUCUUCUUCGAAAGGACCUACCGCGUGCUAUGGAGAUAGCACAUCUGGCUGGCAUAAACGGUGUUUUUGCGUACGGCACGAUCAUGAAGUUCCUGGCAAAGGAGGGCCGUCUGAACAUGAUCUGGGAGCUCCUGAACCAGCACGUCAAAAAAAGGGGCCUGCGUCCAGACGGCCGUAUGCUGACAAUUUUCUUUGACGCAUUUGCCACUGCCAGAUACCCAGACUCGAACAUGCCGAAGAUAACCGAAAACCAGGCCGUUCUCGUGUACGAAUUUCUGCUGCUCGAGCUUUGCAAACGGGAGCCUGUAGCUAAUAUUUUUCACGUUAACACAGCCAUGAAAGCACUGCGACUCGCUGGAAAACACAAGCUCGCAAUCAGGGUAUUCAACAGGCUCAAGGACUACAACAUACGGCCGGACGCCUUCACAUACACGGAGUACUUUUCGAGUCUGCGUCACAGCGACGACUAUACGGAAGCGGUGCGCGAGGCGGAGAAACAGUUCCGGGCCGCCCAGAGGCAGAACGUGAAGCUGGACGUUCAACUUGUGCAGGCGUACUCGUCGAUUUUCGUGUUUUCGGACGACUCCCGUUUGCAGGAGCGCGGCCUCCUGAUUCUGCGACGCUGGUUCGAUGUCUGUCCCGAGUCAGAGAUUGACAUUAGCGUUGACUAUGACGACGUCGAUCCGAACAUCGCCGUUGGUAGUGGCAGCACCACUCCGCGCAGGCUGUCGGACGACGUGGACGCGACGACGAUCCUGCUACCGAAAUCCGAGAUCAACAAGCGCGGAACGCGAUUCGAAGCCACCGAGCAAAUCAAAAACCGCCAUGCCACGCUGUGCAUGUAUUUCAAUGUACAUAGAAAAUAA